AACACUGACGCUGGUGAAUUGGCUGGCACCAUGGACGCCGACACUCGAGUGCAGGACUACCUGGAUGACAAGUUGCAGUCAGCUGCUGAUCUCGACUCGCUGGAUGCGUUGCUGGCCACGGUCCAGGAACAGCAGGACUUGUUGAAGCGCCAGCUCGAAGAUGCGAAGCGAGACCACGACGAGGCCACGCGGACCUACGAAUCCCACAAGUCGUCCCUUCAUGCUUCGGUGCAGACAUUCCAGCAAGAGCAGAGCGAUAUCGAUCUCCGACUACAGAUCAUCACCCAGUCGGACACCAGCGACGAUGCUGUCGUCACAUUCGAGGCGACUAUGGCCAAGCUGCGAAAGUUGGACAUGGCGGCAGGAUACGUGGAGUUGCUGAACGAAGUCGACCGAUUGAAGGGUGAAUGUCUGGCACAACUCGGAAAGGACGAUGAUGCCGCACUCGCGCCGUAUAAGCAGCUGCAGCAGCUGGCGGCAGGUCUGGAAGCACUACACGAUGCCACGGAAGGUGCAGCCCCGCAUCUGAUCGAUCACAUUCAGCGUGCAGUCAAAGACCUACGAGGCACCGUUCGCACGGCCAUUGCGGCCAACCUGGAGAAAACGCUGCAGAAGAUGAACUGGCCGAAGACCAAAGGCCACGUGCCUCUCGCGUUGGAGCAGGAGUGGCAGACUAUCAUCGGCAGGUUGCUGGAUCUGCAGAAGCCCGAACUGGAAGCCCGAGAGCAGAAGCAGCAAAAGGACGAUCCGCCUCCACUCCUGCCGUUCGAAGUGCUCGUCCACCCUCUUGAGCAACGCUUCGAUUACCACUUCUCCGGCAACCGGCCCACGAACCGACUUGACAAGCCUGAAAUCUUCCUGAACCACGUCCUCGAACUGAUCGCUGAAUGCUCGAGCUUUGUUCAAGACAACCUGCAACCCCUCUUGCUCAAGCACUUUGGCCGCACGGACCUUGCCUUCACGCCUGCGUAUAUCGAUGCCAUCUCCGCCUUGAUCACCGCUCUUCUUCCCAUGCUGCAGGACAAGCUGGAAAAUGUAGCCCGCCAAUCCACCUCCCAGCCCGGCCUCUUCAGCAAUCUGGUGCAAGAAGUGAUCCGCUUUGACAACGUCAUUAAAGACGACUACUCAUACUCUCCCUCUUCGCCGGCGCUGAUCUGGCGUGGCCUGUCCUACUUCCUUCUCGAGACCUGCAACUACUUCGAUCAGUGGCUUUCCUUCGAACGCGAUUUCGCCUUGACCCGCUACCAGAACAUUAUUGACUCUUCUGACGCUGGCGAGCUCGACCAUGAUGCAGUGAGCGCGGGAGCAACCACACCCAGCAAGGCCGCCGUCCGUCUCAAUGAUCUUCUCGAAACAAUCACUGGCCGCUAUCGUUAUCUCUCUAGCUACAGUCAACGCGUACGUUUCCUCAUCGAUAUCCAGAUCCACAUUUUCGAUACCUACCACGGCCGCUUGCAGCAAGCCUUGGAUGCAUAUUCCAGCAUGACUUCCACUCUCGGUCGUACUAUGGCCAACGUGUCUAAGGAGCAGCUGGCAGAUCUCCAAGGUGUCAAGGGUCUCGACCGACUUUGUAGAAUUUUCGGCUCUGCAGAUUACCUGGAACGCGCCAUGCGUGACUGGAGCGACGAUCUCUUCUUUCUGGAGCUCUGGGACGAGAUGAACAAUCGCCACAAGAGCACCGAGACUGCCAAUAACAGGAUCGGUAGCUGGUCUGAACUCCAGCAGAAGACGAGCUCCGCACUCGGCGCCGAAAACGAAGGUGGCCUAGAAGGAGCUCUGUUCGAUGAAACUGCCUCGAGCUACCACCGCCUUCGUGCCAGAAGCGAAAACGUCCUCAUUGAGACACUGAAGUAUGAUGUCCAACAAGCACUCAAACCUUACAGUGCAGUCAACACGUGGGCAUCCUUGUCUAGCUCUACCAGCUCUGCUUCUUCCGCCGAACUGGACCCUGCGCUCAACCUGUUAACUGAGUACUUUGCUUUCCUGCGCAAAGCUCUUGGCAAAGCGCCUCUACGACGAAUCGGACGACAAGUUUGCCAUGCCAUCGAGACUUAUAUCUGGGGUUACGUCUUACAGGGCAAAUCUGCGUUCUCAACUGCCGGCGCGACCCAACUCACAACAGACCUCGGAGCAUUAUGCAAUGUCAUUGAUCGAUACAUGGGCACCGGACAAGCGCAAAUCGGCCUGCGGAGAUUGCUCGAAGGUGUGACAUUAUUGAGUUUACCCGUCAGAGGGGAGAUACCGCGUGUACAGAUCGCUUCUCCUGAGGGCAACAUUGAUGAUGCCGAUGAUGACGAGACUGCUGCUUGGGGCGAUGACGACAAUGCCGAUGGCGUUGAUGGCACUCCAUCUUCCCCAAGGGAUGCGGCGGAUGGCUCGAAAUCGAUGAGUCUCUUCCAAGCGGAGAGACUAGUGUUCAUGAACAACGAGAGCGCAAGACUCGUGUUGGAGCAGUUGGGCUUAGACACAUUGAGUGAACAGGAUGCGCGAGCGAUUCUGAGGCAGAGAGUGGAGAUAUCGAGUUAGACAAAACCUGCCUUCUACAUAUUAGGUAGAUAGAGGAGCGAAAGA